AUGACUCCUCAAGGGCCUGUGUGGGACUAUACCGUCAUAACCGUGCGUUAUGAAAUGACCCGGAUCCACAUGCUCAUGGAGACUGGUGAACACCCGACGAUUGCUCGAGUUGGUCCACCGGUGGAUGGGCCACAGUGCACCGAUGAGGUCACUGGGGAAUGUCGAUGGACCACUGAGAUUUGGAGGCGUUUGGGGAUCGGCAUCACCGAAGUCUGGUCCCCUGCAGAUCUUCGCCCUGACGUUUUCCAAAUGAUUCAUAAUUGA